AUGAAAGCUCAAAUUUUGUGUUGCCUGUGGUUGAUUCCAAAUGCGGUUAGCGUGUUGGUCGUCAAUGUGCUAACCAGAAGUGGUCUAGUUCUCGAAUCGACGCGACCUACUUCAUUACCAAGCAUCCAAGUUCAACUUGAAGUUCCAUUCAACUCCAUCAUCAAUUCAACUAUCAUGAUGGCCACCUCAACUACAGCCACCACAACGAUGACCACCAAGCCCUCCGACGAGGUCGAAUCUCGACCUACACCCGUCGCCGAUGCAGUUCUAAAACCCUACUCCAUGAACAAAGCCGCAAAGUUCAGUUUCCUGCCAUUCUUAAAGAAAGAAUAUCGCUUUGGUCUCGACCCGAACCGCGAUGUAUGUCGUCUUUUCCUCGCAGGACAUUGUCCGAAUGGGAAUGCAUGCCCUGAUAGGCAUACUGUUGGAACUGCCGGGUUGAAUAAUUUGGUGUGUAAACAUUGGCUCCGAGGUCUCUGCAAAAAAGGCGAUGCCUGCGAUUUCCUACACGAAUACAACCUCCGUCGAAUGCCUGAAUGCUCCUUCCUAAUUCGUUACGGGUACUGUCAAAACGGUGACGAUUGUCUAUACUUCCACCCAGACCCCGAAAACCGCACUUCCUUGUGUCCUCAUUACGAAAACGGGUUUUGUCCGUUAGGACCCACGUGUGCUAAGAAACAUGUCAGGAAGAAUAUUUGCAAGUUUUAUUUUGCGGGGUUUUGCCCGGAUGGGAGGGAGUGUAGGGAAGGAGCGCAUCCGAAGUGGAAUACGGACUUGGGCGAGUUGACGGUUAAGGUUGAGGGGGAGAGGAAGAGGUAUAAUGAGAGAGAUGUGACGGAUGAUGAUAUGGGUGUCAAAGGGAGAAGGAAGUUUCAACAUCCUGAUGGGAGGGAUAGAGAUGGUGGUGGAGGUGGAGGAGGGCAAGGUGGUGGACAAGGAGGACAAGGGAGACGACGAUGGGGCAAGGGAAAUUAUCAGGAUCGUGAGAAACAGAAUUAA